AGUAUCUACUUUCGGCAAGCCCGCGGCCAAUAGCGAAUCUACAAAUUCAAAAAACCCACCUCCUUCGUGGUCGUGGGCAUCUAACGACGGACUAAUUAAAUACGAUUAUUCAAUACAGUUAAAGAACGAGCGCCGGUUAACGGUAGUUAAUGAAUGCAUCACUAGAAGUGAUGGUAAAAAAUGGCCGCCUCCGCCUGAGAGGGGCUUUGGUUCCCGUUGAAAUGGCAAUUUUUGAGGGCUAUUUGGCCACAUCUAGGCAUGAUCCUAUAUUAAACCCUCCAGUAGAGCCUUACCGAUCGACACCUACCGGGUAUCACACGACUGAGAUCUCGACGUACGUCAGGCCACAGAAUUUGUGUUCCUACAGAGUAUCCCUAGAUAAGCUGACAGCGCCGAAUAUGGAACGAAGCCACACCCAGGCAUUUUGUUGGCUGAAGGGACGGUGUGAUUGGAAGUGCUGCUCGUGGAAUCAAGUUGAAGAAACUGCGGGUUAUUACUGUUUUAAACUCUUCUCCUGGGAAAUCGGAGGGCCUCGGACAGAACUGUUAACAUGGUUCAUUGUAUUAAGGCCGUCCGUUCGUAACCCGGCGGAAUGUGAGAGAGUUGGUGUUGGUCGUGAUGUUCCUCAUGUCAGAAACGAAAAUUAUGCGGAUGAUGGCUUAUUUGAAGCAGCAACGACGGCAGAUAUCAUUAUCAUAUGAGAUUGUCUAUUUAGGGAUUAUGUUUUGGAGAAUCGGGCUUUCUAUAGUAGGUAGGCCAAGGAUCAGUGGUGUUUUUUAUUCUUAACGGUAGGCUUGAAGGAAGAGGAUGUAGAGUUCUAUUUCAUGUUUAAAAAAGGGGUUCGGUUUUGAAUCUAGGGGAGGGGUCUACCUACAAAGAUUUGGAACUGCCUACAUUGA